AUGAAAGCCUACAACUUGUGUCAUAAGCCACGGUGCAAUGGCCUCUCUCUUGGCCUUCUCAUUGUAUUUGAUUUCCUAUCUUGUUUCGCAUAUGCUGAAACUCUCUACCACGAAUUUGUGGUCGAAGCUACCCCACAGAAGAGGCUCUGCAGAACUCGUAGCGUUAUUACUGUCAAUGGGCAAUUUCCAGGGCCAACUUUGGAAGCGCGGGAUGGGGACACUCUUGUCAUCAAAGUCAUAAACAGUGCUCGUUACAACGUUUCCAUCCAUUGGCAUGGGAUUCAUCAGAAGGGAACACCAUGGGCGGAUGGCCCUGAAUAUGUGACUCAGUGUCCAAUCCAGCCUGGAGCGAGCUACACAUACCGGUUCACAAUUGAAGAUCAGGAGGGAACAUUGUGGUGGCAUGCUCAUAGCAGAUGGCUUAGAGCUACUGUCUAUGGAGCACUGAUCAUCUAUCCCAAACCGGGCUCUUCAUACCCCUUCUCAAUGCCCAACCUAGAAAUACCUAUUCUUCUCGGUGAAUGGUGGAAUAGGGACCCCCUUGAUGUCCUAAGACAGGCAAUUUUCACCGGGGCAGGUCCAAAUGUGUCCGAUGCAUACACCAUUAAUGGUCAACCUGGUGAUCUAUAUAGAUGCUCUAGAAAAGGUACCGUGAAAUUUUUUGUGAAUUUUGGUGAUUUGGUUCUCCUCAGAAUCAUUAAUGCUGCACUCAAUCAGCAACUCUUUUUUACCAUAACCAACCACAAACUCACAGUUGUUGGUGCUGAUGCUGCUUAUAACAAGCCUUUCACAGCCUCAGUCAUCAUUCUGGGACCUGGUCAGACAACCAAUGUCCUCCUAAGUGCUGAUCAGACCCCACGACGCUACUACAUGGCAGCACGCGCCUAUACCAGUGCCCAAAAUGUACCAUUUGACAAUACCACCACCACAGCAAUCCUCGAAUACAUUGCUGCUCCUUGCAGUGUCCAAAAGGGGAUUCCUUUAAGACCAACCUUACCGCGACUGCCAGCCUACAAUGACACAACCACAGUCACUGCAUUCUCAAGACAAUUGAAGAGUCCUACUAGGGUCAAUGUUCCAACAGAGAUUGAUGAGAGCCUAUUCUUCACCGUGGGCCUCGGGUUUGUCAACUGCAUUCCUGGACCGCAAUGUCAAGGGCCAAACAACACUCGGUUUGCUGCCAGCAUCAACAAUGUAUCCUUUGUACUCCCAAGAAAGGCCUCCUUACUCCAAGCCUACUACCAAAACAUACCUGGUGUGUUCACCACGGACUUUCCAGCUGUCCCCCCAGUGACUUUUGAUUACACGGGGAAUGUGAGCCGUGCACUGUGGCAACCAGUUUUUGGGACUAAGCUCUAUCAGUUGGAGUUUAGUUCAAGGGUACAAAUUGUGUUACAAGAUACCGCUAUCUUGGCAGCAGAGGACCACCCAAUGCACCUUCACGGAUACGAUUUUUAUGUAGUUGGACAAGGUUUUGGUAACUUUGAUCCCGGAAGAGAUACUGCAAAUUUUAACCUCAUUGAUCCACCUCAAAGAAAUACUAUCGACGUACCUGUUGGUGGAUGGGCUGUCAUCCGAUUUGUGGCUGAUAAUCCAGGAGUUUGGCUGAUGCACUGUCAUAUAGAUGCUCAUCUCACUUGGGGUUUGGCCAUGUCGUUCUUGGUUGAGGAUGGAGUUGGUGAAUCGCAGUUGAUAAUGCCUCCUCCGGAAGAUUUUCCCCCAUGUUAA